GGCUGCAUCUUUAUUCCAGCAGACCCCUCCUCUCCUCCUCUCCUCUCCUCUCCUGUCCUCUCUCCCCCACCUCCCCCCUCUCUCUGCCUGCCAGCUGAUGCUGAGUGGAGGUGAGGCGGUGUUUCUCUCUCCUGGACGGACGGACGGACGGACACACUGACGGCAGGUUUGGGAUUUUGACAGCGGCAGCUUCUUGGUGCUGACAGCGGGAGGAAACUGCGAAUCUAAAGACACCAAACCAACAGCGACAGAGAGCGCGCAGAGACAGCGAGGCAGUGCGGAGUAACGCAGAGGGGGGAAACACAACAACUUCCUCGGGGCGGUCUGCGGGGAGCUGUGGAGCUGCUGCCACCACAAAGGUGGGUGUAAAACUCCUCCCCCUCGCUCUUGGUCAGAGAUGGAUUUCCCGGAGGACUUCCUGCUGGACGAGCUGGGUCACCUGCAGCUCUACAACGACUCGCUCUUCCAGAACAACUUCAGCUGCUUAGACAACGUGACCGACGCCUUACUGCCAACGGGGGUCAGGGUCACCAUCGUGGUCGUCUACAUGAUUGUCUGCGUCAUCGGCCUGGUGGGAAACUUCCUGGUCAUGUACGUCAUCAUAAGAUACACUAAGAUGAAAACAGCUACCAACAUCUACAUCUUUAACUUGGCUCUGGCUGACUCUCUGUUCCUGGCUACUUUACCUUUCCAGGGCACCGAUGUGUUCCUGGGCUUCUGGCCGUUUGGGAACGCUCUGUGCAAAGCGGUGGUGUCUAUCGACUACUACAACAUGUUCACCAGCACCUUCACCCUGACAGUGAUGAGUAUGGACAGAUAUGUUGCCGUCUGCCACCCUGUCAAAGCGCUGGACAUGAGGACUCCUCACAAGGCCAAGGUGGUGAACAUCUGUGUGUGGGUGUUGGCGUCAGCCUUUGGCGUCCCAGCUAUGGUCCUGGGAAAUGUUGAGGAGGAACAGGAGCAUAACAGCGUUGAAUGCAUCGUGGUUUUACCUGAACCAAGGAGUCACUGGGAUCCUGUCUUCGGCACCUGCGUCUUCCUCUUCUCCUUUCUCAUCCCUGUCGCUAUCAUCAGCAUCUGCUACAGCCUGAUGGUCAAGCGCCUGCGCAGCGUUCGCAUCCUGUCCGGCUCCAAGGAAAAGGACCGCAACCUGCGGCGCAUCACCAGGAUGGUCCUGGUGGUGGUGGCAGCAUUCGUCGUCUGUUGGACCCCUAUCCAGAUCAUGGUCCUGGCUCAGUCGCUGGGCUUCAUCCUGAGCAGCUUGUCCACGCUGGUCCUGAUGCACUUCUGCAUCGCGCUGGGCUACGUCAACAGCAGCUUGAAUCCCGUGCUCUACGCCUUCCUGGAUGAAAACUUCAAGCGCUGCUUCCGCGAGUUCUGCAACCCGUCGCCGUUCCGCCUCGACACCCAGCAGUCGGGCAGGAUGAGGAGCAUCGCUAGGGAGGUGGCUGCUGCUUACAGCUGCAAGGCUGAUGGCGGGGGACCCGGAGGAGGGACACCUAAUCCAGCAUGACUAGGCGUGGAGCUCCCCUUGGUGGGGGUAGACCCCCAACAAAGGGGAGAGAACCAGGGGACAGGGAACUCCAACACAGAAUUGACUCAAAUAACAGCUCUCUAGCGGCACGAGCCCCCCCGCCCCCCAACGAGAAGACUGGCAUGGGGUGGGGGGGAGGGAGAUGAGGAGGAUGGGGUCGAAAGGAAAAGAAUUUAGGAAUAUCGAUGGGGAUGACAAAUGUAGGGUAUAUGGAUAGAGGUCAGUGGGAUUCAUUGUAAGCUUGGGUGGUAAUGAUGGUGAACAUCUGGGUAGGAGAUGGUUCCAGUAUUGGAGUGGCUCAAACCAUUGUGGAUCCUGGUAUUGGAAUGACUCUGGCCCUAACUCCAUUGAGGCGGUGAGAUAUUUUGGAAGGUAUCCGACUUUUAUUGGAAGCACGUAAACACAAAAGAGGUGACAGCAUUAUUUGACAUUUAUUGCAGCUCCGAAAACAACAGCCUCACCAACAGGAACUGCGUCUGCCAACUGAGGCCAGAACCCAGUCGCUGCAUCUCUAGAAAGAUGCCUCUAUACUUGGGUAUGAGAAGGCAGGGGUUGGGACUAGACAGUUGAAGGGAGCAUAUAAACAGCAUGGGAUUAAUAGAAGGAGUGCAGAUACCAAAAUAAAAAAAAGAACACCAGGCACUGCUUUGGUGCCUGUAGAAAGAUUAUAAACAUUGGAAGCAUGGACCGUGGCUAUCUGGCGGUCCACGGACUGAAGACUUGCCAAGGAAGAGUAAAGCUUUCUGGAAGUGUGAAACAGAGAAUAAACACUUUAACCACAGUUUAUUGUAACUUUAUCAGUUGAUGUUUCAGACUAAAUAACUAUAUGUCAUAAGUGGUGGACAAAACACCCUGUGUGUCCCGCACUGAUCCAACGAUGGGGUCUUUGUUGUGAUGGUUUCUCUAAGAAUCGGUUUAUAUGAUGGUAAAAUGCUGCUGAGCCCUUAUAAGGACGCAAAUGGGCACACAAAGUAUAAUGUGAUUUAUCAGCCUGUGGACAGGAAGUUGGAUGUAGUAUCUGCGAACAAUAGCUGGCAUGAGGAGAAGAACAACGUGCAACACGCAACUCUUGAACAAUAUUUCUUAAACUGUGUCUACGGGCCCAGAGCGGGUCACAUGAAUGUUAUUUCUCGUAGGAGCAACAUUUCUCAAUGUGUUCUGAAGCAAAAUAAGCCUGAGAAACCCGUCCUCAAACACGUUUCUUAGAGUUUUUGUGAUUUUUGAAACUUUCUAUGAUCACCUAUGGGGUGUUGGAAAAUUAGAGUUUAGGGCGGGGGUGGGGGGAGGAGCUUGUGAGAUUGUAACCUGUAAGAACAGCAAAAACUCAACAAGAUAAUCAGUGUUUGGGACAAGCCUAGCCUGGGUGUUAACCCCUUUUCUUCUUAAUGUGUUUUAGGACACAAAAUGAAUGACAGUGCCUGAAACGUCAAUUAGUGUCCAGAGACGAUAAAAUUAGCAGCUCGGACUUGAAAGAUUUGUAAAGGCUGUUUCAGAUUGUUGGUCUGUAUGAUGCAAUGAAAGACAUCUGGAAUGCAGAAAUGUGUAGGAUAGUUGAGCAGUUACUAGUGAUGACUUUAAAAUCAAUCCUUGUAUUCUGAAACAUGCAUAACAGGUGGUAUUUACAAAACAUCUGUGAUGGCAAUGUUGGAUCAGACGUCUCUUGUGGACGUUAAGAAUUAUAGAAUAUGUUGUAAGGAAAUACACAUUAACCCGAUGUCACACACUACAUCACAGUUAGACCUUUAGGCCAACUUUUCCACAGUUAGUUGAAGAAAGAAAAAAGACCAAAAAAAAAAACAAAACAUAAAUGUUUGCAGUCUUUAUUGAUGAUGAGUCGGGCUGCCUCAUUCAGAUCUGAUCCUGCUUACUGAUUCUAGUUUUUAUUAUUAAGCCCAUUUCAGACCAAAUAUUGCAGAACGUUGCAGCGGUGUGAACUGGCCGGUGUGAGCUCGACUCAACUCAGCUGAUGGUGUCACCUGCAUCUCUGCUGGUCAAAUUGCUGGCGACUGGUUUUAGAACAUAAAACUCGUCACCUGUUUCAACAGCCAAUCAGCUUGUAGUAAAGUCUGCUGGUCAAGUCAAAAUGACCACAGACGGUGUGUCCGCGUGCUGCAGCAGGUGUUUCAGUCCUCACAGUGUGCUGCUCGCUGAUUACUCACUCACUGAAUAAUUGGCGCUGCUUACUUAUAUUAUUGGGGCGUAUUGACUAUAAGUACAGUCCAUAUGAUGCUCGUUAGUUUUGCACCAUUUCAUCACCACUAUGAAUGCAUCUGUAGCCUUUAUCUCACUAUCACUAUCCUCAUUCAUGUUUUAAGAAGCUACAAAAUAUAUUCAGCCAAGCUGCAAAUCAGAACAGAAGCACAAAGAGUUGUUGCAUAGAGAUGAUACACAGUUGCAUUGGUGUGAACUGGGAGGAUUUUAGAACGUUGCAGAACGGCACAUUGCAAGUAGCUGCCUGUUUCAACUCGUCUCAUCAUCUUUGGUCUGAAUUGGGUUUUAUUGUUUGAGUAAAAAAAAAAAAAGAAGUGUUUAAAGAGCAGAUGUUUGUUUCCAUAAAAAUACUAAUUAUUUUCUGGCUGAAAUAUAACCAGAAGACAAAUAUUAUCACAUGACCUCAAUGUCCAGAUCUGAUUCGGCUGAAAUAAUUUAGCCCUGGACAGGUUGAAUAUAAUAUAAUUAAUUUGGAGGACAGUACCAUCCGAGACAUCCUGUUUAAAUACUUUCAGCAUGCCUGCAGCUUGUGUUUGAAUUCCCUGUGACACCUCCCAUGAUAAUGAAUCAUUUUGGAUAAAAGCAAAUUGAACAUGACAGAGGCAGCAUAAUCACAGAUGUUUUGAAAAUGGCACAUCUGGGAGUGCUGUGUUUUCCAGGCUGGUUCAGGAAUCAGAGGUGAUGGGUUCAGGGUCGGGGUGGGUUUGGGGUUUGGGAGUGUUGGUGUUGAACUCUGGGUUUGACAUAUUUUGAGGCUGGGACAUUUCCACUGGGCGGGGUCGGGUAGGGGUGUAACGAGUGAGUUAUUUCGACUCCCAGCACCACAGUGGCAAAGCAGGAGGUCGGGGUCACAGUGCUCUGACCCCACUCCAAGGGACAAAGGGGCUCUCUCUCUUCUUAGUGUCUUAAAGUGGAAAUCAACGCUGAAACAGAAACCAUGUCAGGUAUUGUCAUGUCCCUGGACAGUUUGGGAAAUUAUACUGACACCAUUAUAACCGAUACAGUCCUCCAACUUCUGGACAUCCCCUGGGACACUUAUUUGGCACUCUGACAAGAAUGACAGACACGUAUAUAUGUUCGUCAUUGAAAAUAUGUCUUUUUUAAAUUUGAACUUUAAAUUUUCUCUAUCAUAACUCAAUCUAAACAUUUAAAAAUUAGUUUUUGUCAUCCGUCCUGGAAUAAAAUCAGGUUCUCGUGAACAAUCAGUGGAGCCUCUGUCCAGACACUUUCUUUCUCCACUUUGGGUCUGCUGUAUCUAAAAGAGAGACCAAUUAUAUAACAUUUUUGGAACCUUUGUGAAGCUUGAGGUUUCAUUUUUGAAGGUACACACUUUUAUUCCCACUGCUCUGAUAGUUUUGUGUCAAAGGUUAAACUGUCCGGGCUUUAUGAUUAACGUGGAUUCUGUUUUAGGGUUGGUGUCCCCUUUAAUUUUACAUUUGUGUCUCUUCAUAUAGUUUGUUAACUUUUUUGAUUGGUUUAGAUGUCUGUAUUUUAAAUCCAAAAGAUAAAAUGUGUCUCUCUUUUCACUUCUUUUUCAUUCCUCCAUGACAGCAGGUGAAGUCCAUGUGCUGUCAUGAAGGGUUGUGCAUUGUUGCUGCUGGUGGUUUUGCUUUAAGUUCAAACCAGUUAGUUUGCUGCAGUUACUCUUUGCAGCACAUGUGAAUCUUUUUAUUUUAGUGAUUCUGUCUUUUUUUGUUUGAGAGGAACAAUUCUAUGAACUUACAUUGCCUUAAAUAUCAAGUGAAGUCUGUUAACUGAAGCUCGCUCUCUGGCUGGAUAAAAUGUGUUCUAGUUUUUAACUGGUGCUUCGCUGUUAGUUUAUACUCGUUCAGACCUGUAUUCAUAAAGCCUCUGAGGACAGGAGCCAUCGGGCCGGAGAACAGUUCAGCUUUGAGUUUUACCCGGUUGGCUGUCUCUAGUCUUAAAUUAAGGGUUUAAUAGCUACCUAUUGCUGAAACACCGGAGCUAAAUCUAGUGUCAUUACCUCUGUUGGCAAGUUUUUCUCUCUGCUUCUUUCUUAAACUUUCAAACAAUUAAAGUGAGAGCUGUCACCUUGACUUACAUUCGUGGCAUGCUAAAGUAACGCUCACUUGCUAAAAUGUAAAUGCAGAUGAUGGAUAUGGAAACCAAAAAUGUAUCAGUAAAAAGGGGAUUAUAUCAUAGCCACAGAAAAUGCUCCAUUCUGUCCACUCAUGUUCGUCAAAUUCACCUUACAAUUGCUGAAACUGACAAGAUAGACACUUUGAACAAUCGGAUACUGAUUUCAAUUCAGCCUCUCUUUUUCCUCGUGGUAACAGGUCAUUGAAAACCUAAUAGAACAUCUUACUAUGAGUAAACAUGUUCUGGUGGGCGGGGCUUAGCUGGAGGCAAAACAGUUCUUCACAGACAUUAGCUAAUGCAAUCUAGUGAGUUCUGUUGGCUUGUUUCAGACAAUGGAGGAAGAUGAUGAGUGGUGCGUUCAGAAAUACUCAUUCUGGGUGUCACAGCACACUCUGGCACUAACUGGACCGUUCGUAAAUUCGGAGCGCUGUACCCUACAGUUCGGUUAUCCAGAGCGUCGCACUCUCAGAUUGUCAAAGCGCACUGUGGACACUGUCUGUGGAGACGGAGCAGCAGAGUGCCGAGCGGAGUGAAUGUGUGAUUAACUUAACCAUUGGGUCAUUCACGUAGAAAUAUAACGCUCCAUUUCUUCCCCCAACAGGGCUCUCAUUUUAGUGUAGAGCGUCAGACUGAAUUUACCAACGCACCAUGUCAGGUCACUCACUAUCCGGGACCGCCAGUGUUACUGGAAUAAGUAAACACUGACCAACGGGACCAGACUGGCCGACCCGUAUGCUCUCACUCAGUGGAUGGAUGAUGUCACAGGAAGCCAAUCUUACAAAUGAGGACCACACUGGUUUGUUUUGCUAUGGAAGCUAACGUUAGCUAAUGUGCUAAAAAGUUAGCAUUGCAGAGAAAUCCAAUAUUCCUCUUAAUCCCUCCCCAGUUUCUGAUGAGGUGGACAUGAUAACCCUUAAUACACAUAACCUUAUUCAUCCCUACAACAGGAAAUACUUUUUCCCUAACCUGAUAUGAAGUAUGCGCUGCACAUGUGAGCAUUUUUGAUGAUGGCCUCCGUCCAGUCCUUUGGUCUUAUCACAUUGAUUUAACCAUAGUUGUUUUUGUUGACGGGCAGUGGCGGCUGGUUUUGAGCCAUGACUCCUUCUAUUCUGGCUCCCAAUAACAUUUUAAGACUCCUAUGUAGCCUACAGCCCUGUGGGGGAGAGUCAGGUUUUGCCUCCAGCUAACAAACUGGCAUCAUCAUGACAUCGGACCUAAAACAGUCUAUAACACUCUGCAGUGUCCUCCACGUGGAACAUUUGGGAGCCCUUUGCCUCCAGAGGACCUUAUGAUAUAAAGUGGGAUUUCUGUUGCAUCUUCAGUAACGUGAGCGGAACUUUACACCAUGUGAAUUUAACACAGAGAACAACAGUAAACACUGUGUUUAUAGAAAGCUGUAACUAACACAGGUCGGGCGGCUGAAUGUCAGAUACCACAGCUAUUGUGUUCUACCAUUAAUAACUCACCACUGGAUCUCACAGUAUUGAUCUCAGUUCAUCGUCACUUUCAAAAUGUUCAGUAGUAUCCUUACUUUCCUUUCAGCUCACUGUUGAAGUUUUACAACUCAAAGUGAAGUGAAUUAAGUUGUGAAUCAUCGGCCGUGGGUCGGUGGUGAGUGGGCUACUGCGUGUACAGGAUCUUUAAAUUGUUCAAAGAGAAGUGACCAAGGUUUUUUAAUAUAUAGUCUGUCUUUGUGAGGCUUCUCUCUUUAACACAUCAAAUGUCAUACAUUCUCUGAGCUCUACGUCUUUGCCAUGCCCCUUUCUAACCUCGAUGAUCCAAUCUGUUCUGAGGUAGCUUUAUGAAUACUGGUCGUCUUUUGUACAACCUAGCAGACUUUGUGUAGGAAAAAUGGCCGGAGCAUCAAGGACACUGGCUUCGACAUGAUUCACCUUUAUGGAGACGUGCUAUAACGCAGCUGUGAGGCUCUUUGUGCUUAACCGUCACUGUUAAAACUGAAGACGCAACGAUAUUUUGUAUUACUGUUUGGUGUUUUUUUUGUAGCACAAAUCUACAUGAAGAGGACUCCAAGAGGGCGAAAUCCUUCUGUGAGACAAUGCAGAGUGAGCAUUAUUAUACUGUCUGUUAGCUCUGUAUGAACAUUCUGUUUGAAUAUUACACUUAUGUAAAAGUAUAAAACAUGAUUCUGAUCAUCAUUUAACGUCUGACCUCUUUCUCUCGUUAUUCUUGGUGUAUAAAUAAGAUCUACUUCUCGCCAGCCGUAAUGGUACGUAUUGUUACCUCCGUGCAUCCGAACGCAGGGAGAUUCCUUUCAUUCGUUUACAUUUUACAGACCACAUGAAUGUCAAACAAAAAACUUGUUGAAAAUCCAAAUCUAGGAAGAAAAAAACAUUCAAUGUUGAUGUUGUUGUUAUUACUAUUAUUGCUAUCAAAAGAGAAAAACAGUGUCGCAUUAGUGUUUUUUUGCUGUGCGGGAGACUGUCUGGUAUGUAUCUAUGUAUUACUUGUGGACUGCAUUCUGCUCACUGCCUGAGUUAUGAUAUGAAACAGCUCUUAGGGCUCGAAAAUUAAAGAAAAUGUUGCUGUUGUUGCCCCACUUUUAAACCUCUCCUCGCCUUUUU